AUGGCGUCGGGACAUAAUGAUCCUAAAUUACUCUAUGCCAUCAAUGGUAUCAAUGCAUAUCAUAUCGAAAAUGGCAAAGAAGAAUCCCUCACACCAAAUGGUCCUCAAACCCUCUCCCUAUUAAUGGUGCCCACCUCGUCACCCUUCUCUGGUCUCUCAACCGCAAAUCCUCAAUCCCAAGCUCCAGAAGAAGAUUUCUACCUUCAUCUCCAUCUUCCACCUGAGCUAGACCUACCCCUCCCCGCUACAGCACAAAUAUACCAUCAACCACCCAGUAGCUACCUUAUCCCACGAUGGGACUUAGGAUCCGACAGUGGCAUCUUUACCAAAAUCGAAUUUCCAAUUGUAGGAGCUUCGAAAAUUAGUCAAGAUGAUGUCGAUACUUUUGAAACAAUACUGGCACAAUGUACAGCUUUCCUCGAGCGAGCGCCGCCGCCACAAUCAUUUCGACCUCGAAAAGACAAGCCUAAAUCUACAAAAGAGCCUCUGCCUCCAUAUAAUCCAUCGGAUUUUGGACCGGGAGAAGCUUAUGUUCCUGGAAGCGCUAGUUCUCAUGCUGGUGGACAAAUUGUUUUGAUUGAUGAAGAAAAUGGCAGUGUGGUUGGAGAAUUGGGAGAAGGAUUUCAUGUGGUUGAAGAUGCUAAAAUGAAACCAGGAUCAAAAGAUCCCGUCGAAAUCACCCUCCCCCAAAACGGUUCUCUCAACAUAGGCGUCUCCCCUGCCUCCCCUGCCUACCUCGAAAUGGCCCUCCAUCCCGCCUAUAAAUCCUCCACUCUUGUCUCCAGCGCCGCCAUGGCCUCCCGUCUCAUCGUCACCACCUCCGGCUACGUCUCUAAAACCCUUCAAUACCAAGCCGACAGCUACACCUCCAAAUCCGCUCCAACCACUAAACCCAUGACCUUUAAUCCCACCACUCACGCUCACAUUCGUAGAGUGCAUACCUUCACCGAAGGCGCCGCUGGUCUUUCCGCCAAAACUGUAGGCCAAGUAACAAAAUACGCCCAAAAUAUCGGCGCCUCCCUCGCCAAACACAACGCCUCGCAAAAAGCCCACAAAGGGAUCGGACCCGAUGGAAAACCCGUUGAUAACUAUAAACCCGGAAUCCUUAAUAAAUCCAUGAUGGCAUUCUCCACCAUAGCCGACGGCAUCGACCAAGCGGGCCGUAAUCUCCUGGCUUCCACAUCCACAGCCGCAACUACAGUUGUAGAACAUAAAUAUGGACCCGAAGCGGGUGAUAUUUCGAGAAACAUCGGUGGCGGAUUUAAAAAUGUGGGAUUGGUUUAUAUUGAUGCGACGGGAGUAAGUAGGAAAGCCAUAGUGAAGAGUGUGGCCAAGGGAAUGGUGGUGGGAAAGGUUAGAGGGGGCGGGGAUUUAGUUGUGGGAGGUGGUGAUGGGGGUGCUGCUAUCACUAGGACCAAUAGUCCUCCUUCGGGAAAUGCAAGUGGAAGCGUGACGCCGAAUGAAAAGAGGAAAGGAGGAGAGGCAAAUCUCAUGAGUGGAGGAAGUGGUAGAGCUAGUCCUGAUGUGAUGGCAUUUGGUCGGAGUGCUAAUUCGAGAAAGGUGGGGGUGGGUGAGAGUUUAAGUGGGCAGAGUACUGGCACUGGUACUGGCACUGGUACUGGCACUGGUAUUGGCACUGGUAUUGGCACUGGUAUUGGCACUGCUGGAUUUAUUCAAGAUUGA